AUGAGAGAGAGUCAUAAAUGCAAUAAUUACAUCUUAGGCAGAAACACACUCUCCUGUUUCCACAGGCUUCUUUUAUAGAUAACAACAUACUGUUCCACUGAUAGGAGGGUGAAAGGAUCACCGGAGCAUUUCUUGUUGUUAGUGUACUCAUUUUCUGGAUUUAUUCUUCACCAUAAUUUCCCCUCCCUGGACAUGGAUUACUCCUGGAUUUGGACUAAUUAUGACAACUUCCUUUUACCUGUUUUUCUCAGAGUCGAGCAAAUAUUUCCCACUUCCGAUUUUUAAAAGAAGAAACAACAAUUAUUUACAAUGUCUGUAACUGCCCUGUUCAGGGGUAAGUGGGGACAGAAGUCACAGGAAGUCCAGAACAAACAUCCAGCAGCUGUGGUUCAAUCAAGCCAUGAGGAGGACGUUGAUGAGGAAGACCCCAACACUGGUUUUAGCAGAGAGCCUAUCCGCAGGAACUCACGCUUUUACCGGUCAAUGCGAAAGAAGAGGCUGGUCUCAGCUGAACAGUCUCAAAACUCUACAAGAACUGGUUUGGACCACAGUCCCUCCAACAGAGCAGGCACCUCCUCUUGUAAUGCUCUCUUAUCCAACAAAUCACCUUUGUUGCCAGGGACUAGACGGACUGAGCUUUCAUCACAGCUCCAUCAUUCCAAAGCUGUGUUGCCAAACAACAACGAGGCCAGCAGCAGACAUGCUCUUUACGACAGCGACGUUCUGAAUUUGAGAAGAGAAGAAGUGGGAGGAGGGAGGAGUCUGGACAUGACUGACACACCUGCUGCCUCCAACAUUCAGCAUAGAGAUUUUACAUCUGACACAAUCACUUACCGGACUCACAGCAUUCAUAGUGAAGACAUAAAAAAGCUUUCUGAGCAAACAGCUGAAACUUGCACUGUACAGGAGACCAGAGGGAAAGCUAUGAACUCACAACAGCCCACUUCAGACGGAGCAGAUCAUGAUAACAUCAACCUCAGACUGCUGAAGAAUGGAGAAAGCUCCCAAGCAACUGGCCUCAAAAUCGUCAAAAACAUUGCCUUUCUGUACCAGGAAUACCGGGACACCACCAAGCAGCAGGAGAUUGAACGGCGACGGCAGCAUGAAAACCUUAUUCCUGAAGUUAAGGCAAGGAGUAUGGUGGCAGGGUCUGGUGUAAUGUCCCCACCAGUCUUACAAUUGCAACUGAGAAACAGUGCCCACUCACUGAGUUUGUGGCAGAACUUGGAUGCUGUGCAGACUAGUGGCCUGUUGACCCAGUUAUCGCAAAAAGAAAUGUACAUACAAGAGGCCAUGUUUGAGCUUGUUACCUCAGAAGCCUCCUACUACAAGAGUUUGGAAAUUUUAGAAACCCACUUUCUACGUAACCAUGUUUUAAUCAACACUCUCAGUCAAUCUGACAUGCACUUUCUGUUCUCCAACAUUGAGGAAGUCAUGAAAGCCAGUGAAAGGUUCCUGAUGGAUCUUGAGCACCGAAUUGAGAAGUCUAUCCUGAUUUCUGAUGUGUGUGACAUUGUGUAUUACCAUGCAGUAGAGCACUUCAGUGUGUUCAUAAAAUAUGUCAUUAACCAGGGGUACCAGGAGAAAAACUACAGACGCAUUUUAGAAGAAAACCAGGCAUUUCGGGAAGCCAUGGCGGCACUGGAGAACCAUCCACGUGUCAGAGGACUGACCUUUACUUCUUUCCUCAUCCUUCCUUUCCAGAGGAUCACAAGGCUCAAGUUACUCGUACAAAAUAUUUUGAAAAAAGUCGAGGAAAACUCAGAGAGGGAAGCGAAUGCCAUAAAUGCACAUCAGCAACUGGAGCAGAUUGUGAAAGAGUGUAAUGAGGGUGUACGGAAAAUGAGUCGCACUGAGGAGCUCAUCAGCAUUGAGAAAACACUGGAGUUUAAAUCAAAGUCUGUGCCCAUCAUUUCCCACUCACGGUGGUUGCUUAAAAAGGGUGAAGUGCAUCUAAUGGCUGGCCCCAAGAGCACCCGGACUAUGCGGAGUCGUAAGCUCUACCAACCACUCUACUUGUUUCUCUUUAACAAUCUUCUGCUGGUCACCAAGCGCAGUGGGGACAAGUACCAAGUUCUUGAUUCUUGCACACGGGCCUUGCUGAGGACGGAAGAUCUUGAAGACCAGGGCCAGCAGUUGGCCACUGUCUUUAAUCUUAAACUACUGGAUAAUCAAGAUGCUUGUCCAGUCAGCUACAUGCUCAAGACCUCCAGUAUGAGCGAUAAGCUUCGAUGGAUAUGUGCACUCACUCCUAACCGCCGCAUGCACUUUAUGUCUACAAGUGGCCACCAAGCAGACUCUCCACAGGUGCAGUGUAUUCAGUCAUACACUUCUCAGGAGCCAGAUGAACUCUCCAUUGAGAUGGCUGAUGUUUUGAACAUCCUAGAGAGAACAGAUGAUGGCUGGAUGAUGGGUGAGAGGCUCCAUGAUGGCGAAAAAGGCUGGUUCCCUAGUCGAGCAGUAGAGGAAAUCCAGAGCAAAGAAAUUCGAGCUCAGAAUCGGAGAGAGGCCUUUAGGAUACAAAAAACCAAUGAUGCUAGAGAAGGCAUGCAAACUGGAGUCAAUAUUGGUUUAAGGGCUGGAAGACGUACUGUAAAAGUCGAUUGUGUCCUUGCACAAUAGUGAUAUCUUUCACAAUGAAUACCUAUAUACUAAGAGAAAAGUAUUUAAAACAUGUGCCACUUAAUCUCCAUAAUAUUACAUGGCAUCUAUUUGAACAUCAGCCUGUUAAAAAAUCUCUAUUUUUGAUCUCAGUGAUUAAGGAUAAAUCAUCAAAGUGCUUAAAUCAAUAAUUGUCUCAUAUUGUGUGCUGAAUGUAUUUUGUAGACUCAUACACUGUUGGGCAUAAUGCAAGUAUUUGGUUAGGAGCUGCAACAGCCAUACUGAGAUAAAUAACACACCCACAAGACAACCACUGCAGCUUCAGAACAUACAUGCAAUACAAAACAUAUGAAAACAUAUGAAAUGAAGCUUUUCAUCAAAGUAGCAACUAUCCUCUUGGUAAUGAGUGUGACUGAACUUGGUAAUGGUCUUUGUUUUUGCAGGAACUUCUGUAUUUGGUUAUGUUUUUCUCUUUGUGAUAUAAAUUAGCAAAAUCAUUAAUGAUAUUAAUUAUGAACAUUUAAUACUGUAAAUGUUACUUCACUUAAACUGUAAUCUGUAUUGAGUAAUAACAGAUUUAAUUGUUAGUUAUACAGUUUAUUUCACUUUGCACAAGAGGGACAAUAAUCAGCUUGUCUUCUCAGAGUAAAGCUAGUACAACUGGAAUGCAGUCUGCUUGCCAAUUGUUGCCAACCUAAUUGUUUUCAUAGAAUCACAUUUGGCCUUUUUUUCUUUCAAACGCAACAACACAGAUUUGAACUAAUUAGUUAAAAAAUGGUUAUUUAAUUAGAUGAUUCUGAUCAGCAGUAGUAUUUUUUCAUUAGAGCAAUCAGGCAAUGACCUGGAAAAAAGAAAAUGAUAUUUUUACCGCCUUCAACUACAGUGUUUUGCCAGCUGUAAAUUACUGUCAUUGUUAUAUACUAUCAGCCUUGAGCUGUAUUCCAUGGACCCCAUCCUUGGCCCAAUACAGUUUGUAGUUUAAGGAGAAAUCUUUGUGUUAUGUUGCCAUCUUGUGUUUUAAGUGAUAUUGCCAACAGCAGAGCAAAAAGAAAAAUGUGUUCAGUGCAGAGUGUCAGUGUCUACUUAGGCAACUAUUUUAAUCCAUUGAACAGGUCACCUUCCCCAAAUAUUCAUCAGCUGCCCACCUGUAAAUAUGCUAUAUCACUCCACUACUCUGUGUACCAACAUUAUGCUUGGUGUAUUACAAAUGGGAACCCCUAGUUCAGUCUGAAAGUUAAAUGACUUUGGAGAGGUUCAUUUUAGAUUGAUGCUUUAACUUUUUUGUUUUAAUAUAUACAGUAUAGUCUAUAGAAAAGCCAAUAACAUCGUUACAUGACUGCACACAUACAUAAAAUAAUGUCAUU